ACAAUGGCCACCAACGGCUCCGUCCCCCGCCACGAAGAGUACCAAUACCUUGACCUCGUCCGACGAGUCAUCGACACCGGCGAGCCCCGCGCAGACCGCACCGGCACCGGCACCCUCGCCCUCUUCGCGCCCCCCAACCUCCGCUUCUCGCUCGCCGACGGCACGCUCCCCCUCCUCACCACGAAGCUCACGCGGCGCCGCGCCAUCAUCGAGGAGCUCCUCUGGUUCGUCAGCGGCUCGACCGACUCGUCCGUUCUCCGCGCCAAGGGCAUCCCCAUCUGGGACGGCAACGGCUCAAAGGCGUUCCUCGAGAGCCGCGGGCUUGGGCAUAGGAGGGAGGGCGAUCUCGGCCCGGUGUAUGGGUUCCAGUGGCGUUUCUUUGGCGCGCGGUAUGUCGACUGCGAGACGGACUACGCGGCGCGCAUCGUCGACCAGCUCGCAGAGUGCAUCCACAAGAUCAAACACAGCCCGACCGACCGGCGCAUCAUCCUCUCCGCAUGGAACCCCAAAGACAUCCCCGACAUGGCCCUCCCGCCGUGCCACAUGAUGUGCCAGUUCUACGUGCACACCCCCGCCCCCUCCUCGUCACCGAACACGAAACCAAAGCUAUCAUGCCUGAUGUACCAGCGCUCCGCUGACCUCGGGCUCGGCGUCCCCUUCAACAUCGCCUCCUACGCCCUCCUCACACACAUGGUCGCGCACGUCACCGGCACAACCGCGCACGAGCUCGUCAUCCAGCUCGGCGACGCGCACGUGUACAAGGACCACGUCGACGCGCUCGAGCGGCAGCUCGACCCCGCGCGCACGCCGCUGCCCUUCCCGAAGCUCGUGCUCAGCCCGAACGUGACGGACAUCGACGGGUUCAGGUACGAGGACUUUAAGGUUGUGGGGUAUGAGCAUCGCGGGGAGAUCAAGAUGAAGAUGAGCGUGUAGGUGGCUUCCAUGGAGGGGGACUUGUGGGGGUUGAUUGUACUGUACGUUGCCUACGGACCGUGUAUCCCCAUACUUUGUAUAGACAUCGAGUAAUAGUAAUACCAGCAGCAGCACAGAAUGAUAC